GUCUUCAGCGUACUCGCGUCGUUUGCGUUCCUGGAUUUCGUGUACCAGUGUUUGUCCACGUGCGGGCGUGUGUAUAAUAUAAUAGUAUUUUUUAGUGUUCGUGUGUGUGUUAACAUUUCAUCCUUUUAAUUUAGUAAAAAAUCUUUUAUUUUUUUAAGUUUUUGUUUUUUACUUAUAUAUAUAUUUGGUCGGUGUCGUUCGUCUCAGUCAUCCCGUUGGUUUAUUUUUUAUGGUGUCUUGUGACAUAUAUGUCGUCUCGGCGACGGCUUCCGGACGCGAAAACGUCGCGACCGCGGUGGUGUUAUGAGCAACGGUUGGUGGCUACAACUACUGCUGUAGUAACAGCCGGAUGUACGGAUACGCUGGUCCUCCCCAUUACGGGGCCGUCGAGUCUUCCGCGGGAGACUCGAGUGGCUAUCUGCAGCCCGGUCCCAUACCUAUGGCCAUGGUCAUGCCUAUGCCGGCCGUAUGUGAACCACCACCGCCACCACCACCACCGCUUCAAAUGCCCGACGAGGCGAUACAGAAACGGAGGAGAUCCGAUGAAGAGGAUUCUAGUCAAAAAUAUUCUAGAAUGGAAGAUGAUAAUAUCCAAGACAAAGAAAGAUUUGCCAGUAGGGAGAAUCAUUGCGAAAUUGAAAGGCGACGGCGGAACAAGAUGACAGCGUACAUCACAGAACUCUCGGACAUGGUGCCGGCAUGUCAGUCGCUAGCUCGGAAACCAGAUAAACUCACCAUACUCCGAAUGGCUGUUAACCAUAUGAAAAGUCUCAGGGGAACAGGUAACACAAACAACGAUGGAACCUACAAGCCUAGCUUUCUAACGGAUCAAGAGUUAAAACAUUUAAUAUUGGAAGCAGCUGAUGGUUUUUUAUUUGUUGUUACAUGUGAUACUGGUAGAGUUAUAUAUGUUUCUGACUCUGUUGCACCAGUACUAAAUUACUCACAAAAUGACUGGUUAGGGACAAGUAUGUUUGACCAUUUACAUCCCGAAGACGUAGAAAAAGUUCGAGAGCAACUAUCCACACAGGAACCACAAAAUUCAGGGCGUAUAUUAGAUUUGAAAACUGGUACAGUGAAAAAAGAAGGUCAUCAAUCUUCAAUGAGACUGUGUAUGGGUUCUCGACGUGGGUUCAUUUGUCGAAUGAAAAUCGGUAAUAGUGGUGGUAUGAUGUCCAGUAUAUCGGGACAUAAUCUACACCAACGUCUCAAACAACGUAAUACGUUAGGACCAACUCGUGAUGGUAAUGAAUUUGCCGUCAUCCACUGCACUGGCUACAUAAAGAACUGGCCUCCAUCUGGUCAGUUUGAUCAUCCGUUAUCUGGUGUUCAAAUUGAGCGAGCUGUUGAAGAAGAUGGUACUCAUUGUUGUUUAGUUGCUAUUGGUCGGUUGCAAGUUACUUCCACUCCAAAUACUACAGAUUUAGCUGGGUCUAAUAGUAAUGCUGAAUUCAUUUCUAGACAUUCUAUGGAUGGUAAAUUUACAUUUGUUGAUCAACGUGUUACACAUAUACUUGGCUAUAAGCCACAAGACCUUUUAAGCAAAACAUGUUAUGAGUUUUUUCAUCCUGAAGACCAAACUCAUAUGAAAGAAAGUUUUGAACAAGUUCUUAAAAUGAAAGGCCAAAUGAUGUCAGUGAUGUAUCGGUUUCGAGGUAAAAAUCAUGACUGGAUUUGGCUAAGAACAAAUGCAUUUGCAUUUUUAAAUCCGUAUACUGAUGAUAUUGAGUAUAUUGUGUGCAACAAUUCAACAGCUAAAUCUUCAAUGCACUCUCCAUCUGAAAGUGGAGUAAAUAUCAGUAAUCCGUCUUCUGAACCAGUUUAUCAACAACAGGCACCUGGAUUAGAUUAUACAGUUCAAAGAAGGGAUCAUGUAGCAGCGCCACCUUAUCAAGCUCAUGCAAUGAUUACUGCUGCACCGACAGCUAGUCAGCAUAUGAUACCCAAUAACACUGCGCAAAGACCAAAUAGUGCUCAGAAUGUAUUUAAUACAUAUGAAACAAAUGCAUCACCCAUUAGCUAUCAUUCGCCUAAUCAAGGUACUCAAAGUCAAGUUCAAUCCCCAUUAAUUAAUCGCCUUACAAAGUCAAGUCCAACACCUGCACAAACAGCAUGGACAUUGCGCCAACCGGUCACUGAAGGUUACCAAUAUAAUCAAGAAAUGAGUCCAUCUCGUUCACCAUCAGGUCCAACAUACACACAAUUGAGUGGUGGUGCAAGACAAACAACGUAUCACAAUCCAUCACCAGCAACUGCAUCACCUGGAAUGUGGGGUUGGCAAGCUGGAGCAACUGGGGCCACAGCUGUGGCAAAUAAUGUACCACCACAUUCGCAUAGUGGCCAUCCACAAGAGCUUUCUGAUAUGAUGAUGCAAAUGCUUGAUCAAAGUGCUGCAGCUGCUUCAUUUGAAGAUCUUAACAUGUUCAACACAAAUUUUGAAUGAGUUUAUAAUUGUCUGAUUAUAUGUUAAACAAAUUUAUUAGGAAUAAAAUUAGUGCAGUUAUCACAAAUUACCCAAGUAUAUGUUAUAAAUUAAGUUUGUUUAAUAUCUGCCUGUAAGGUAUUAUCAACACCACCUGUGGUAGUAUUAUAUAGUUUUUAUGUAUAUUAGAAACUAAUAUCAUAAUUUACAUGAUAUACUGAAUACCUGUUGUUGUAUGUUUAAUAUCAUAGAUUCUUUAAUAUAUGUAGUCUAUACAAAUAUAAUAAGAAUCUCAUAUCAAGAUUAUUAAUAACUUAGUAAGUCCUACUAAAUAUACUUUAAAUGUUUUCAAAUAAUCAUAAAUUGACAUUAUUUUAAACACUGGUUUUUUUUUAUAAUUUAAACCACACUGCUUUUUACACUACACCAAGUUAUAAUUUUAAUAUAGUUUAUUCUCUUCUAUCACUGAUCAUUAUGAAAUUACAACCUCCAAGCUACCUCUGUUAUACUCGUUUUAAUGCAGUAUGAACCUAGGUUAGCUCAGUGCCAUAAAAAAUAAAUAAUAAGUAGAAUUUUUUGAAAACUUUAAUUUCUUAAUUCUUAAAUCUCUAUGAAUAGAAGUUCAUGAUUAAUAUACAAAUAUAUUUAUUUAGACACAUAUCAUUUUCAAAAAUAUAUCAAAUUCUUCUGUAAUUGUAAAUUUAUUUUUGAUUGUAUUUUGUUUAUUUUUUUAACUGGAUUACUAAAUGAACUUUCUAAUGGGAUAUUCUCAAUUCAAUUUGUGGUUGACAGCUUUAUAUAUACAUGAAUAUCUUAAUAAGAAUAACAUUGAGCCAAAAAACCAGU